AUGUCCAACGAAAGAACUUUCAUUGCUUUGAAGCCUGAUGCUGUCCAACGUGGAUUGGUUGGUACCAUCAUUGCUAGAUUUGAACAAAAGGGAUUCAAGUUGGUCGCUUUGAAGCUUAUUACUCCAUCUGCUGAUUUGGCCAAGAAGCACUACGCUGAACAUGAUGGCAAGCCAUUCUUCAAUGGUUUGGUUGAGUUCUUGACCAGUGGUCCAGUUGCUGCUAUGGUUUGGGAAGGAAAGGGAGUCGUUGCUGCUGCCAGAAAGAUGAUUGGUGCUACUAAGCCAUUGGAAAGUGCUCCAGGUACUAUCAGAGGCGAUUUUGCUAUUGAUGUUGGUAGAAACAUUAUUCACGGAAGUGAUGCUGUUGAAACAGCCCAACGUGAAAUUGCUUUAUGGUUCCAAGACAGUGAAUUGAACGAAUGGACUCCAACUCCAAACAAGUGGAUCUAUGAAUAA